AUGUCAAUUGGUGGUCUGGAAAUCAAUCGCAGUCUUCCUCUUGAUCUUUGGUUAAACAAUAUCCCAGCUUUGAUUGAACGUUUGGAUAAGAAUGAAGGAUUAUCAUCGCAGGAUUGGAUUAUACUUGCCUUGAGUCCUCUCGCUGGCAGGGAUGUAUGGCAAUCACUUCUGCAAAAACAAGCGCAAAAACUCUCGGUCAAAGGUGAGCACCAUGCUGCGGUAAUGUGCUUGAUAGCAUGUGGCGAAAUAUAUGAGGCCAUCAACGUGUACAAACAAGCUGACAUGUACAGGGAGGCCCUAACUCUAGCAAAGAUACGCCUUCCCCAAGAUGACCCAAUAAUAUUUGAUUUACAUUCGGACUGGGCAUUACAAUUGGAGAAGGAACCUUCAUAUGAACAGGCUGCAAUGUGCUAUAUAGCUUCACAAAAGCCAGCGGCCAUCCCCAAUGCGCUUAAUGCUGUUGCAAGAGCGGGUGACGUAUCUGGAUUAUGCAUGUCAGCGUCACUUGCACUUUUACUUGGCGACUCUUCAGCUGAAGAGCGUUUAACAAGAUAUAAACAAGAGCAAGAAGUCUCUGGGAAAACGCGAUCACUAUAG